AUGGUUGAUGGUUGUGAGGGUUCUCCUGUGUUUUGUUUCAGAGGACUCUGUGUCGAUGCUCUCAUUGAACUGUCUGAUGAAAAUGCUGACUGGAAACUCAGCUUCCAAGAGUUCCUCAAGUGCCUCAACCCAUCCUUCAACCCUCCGGAGAAGAAGUGUGCCCUGGAGGAUGAAACAUAUGCAGAUGGAGCUGAGACCGAGGUGGACUGUAACCGCUGUGUCUGUGCCUGCGGAAACUGGGUCUGCACAGCCAUGACCUGUGAUGGAAAGAAUCAGAAAGGGACCCAGACCCAGAGAGAGGAGGAGAUGACCAGAUAUGUCCAGGAGCUCCAAAAGCACCAGGAAACAGCUGAAAAGUCCAAGAGAGUGAGCACCAAAGAGAUCUAAUGAGGAGGCAUCAGGGAACGGUGUCUGGAGCCUGGCACCUUCUCUUCCAUUUCAGCACGGAGUCCAGUAUACGCAAAUGUCUGCUACAAUCGCCAAACCACCAGUAUUUGCUUGUAUAGCAACAAGUCUUAUUUUGUCUAUUUGUUUUGCAAUAAAGGAAAUGGGGGGUGGCUGGCUAGGAGGGGAAGGGCCAUAGCCUUCAUUUCUAGGAGUGCUUUGAGAGAAGCUGUAAAUGGGGCUCGGGAGCUGGAGGCAAGAAAGGAAACUGCAUCAGGGUUGGGAGAGGAGCAGACCCAGAUCUGACCCACUUCUGAGUCUAGACAGCUGUAAACACGCUGCAGGGAAUGCAAGCAAUGCCGGAGAGAACUUAGCAGGCUGACCCCAGAGGAGGGGCUUGGGAAGCUCAGUGGGGAAGAACGCAUUCUGCUUCAUGGCCCCAACCCCUGCCUCUAGAUACACAGCCAUCCUGCUAGUGACCCAGUGUCCCUCAGGCUUGAUGGAGUUUCUGGGAGGGUGCCCCCAAAUGAUGCAGAUACUCGUGUACUUUCAGCCCCUUAGAGACCUAACCAAAAUUUUAAACAUACUUUUUACCAAAGGUGCUAUUUUUCUGUAAAACUUCUUUUGGUGAGUUGACUUCAUUCUUCAGUUAUUAUCAUUAUAUUAUUGUUGUUUUUAAUAUUUUACUUUCUUGACUAGAAAUUAAGCUUUUGUAAUUAUUUUUCAGUGGUCCUACCAUUUCAGAGGUGGGAAAGUUUGGGGUUCUUCCUGGUACAGGGACUGCUAUAACCCAGACUCCCCCCACCCUGUCACAUAUUAGCUGCAGCCCAGAGUUUGCCCCCUGGCUUCCAGUGGGUCAGAAGUCUGUCCAAAGGAGCAGCAGGGUGCUUCAGGCAGAAGCCAAAGAAGAGAAACGUCUCCAUACAAAGCUUUCAAGAUCCAAAAAGCUAAUUUGUUUUCAUUCUGAUAAGUCCAUGCAAAUCAGUAUUUCAAAGGUUGGAGACAAGUGCAACUAACGAGGUUUAGAUAUCUCAGCCUAUCAAUAUGCUCGUUGAUCCACCACUAACUAGGAGAGUGACGCUGUCCCUGUCUCUUCCUGUUUCUGGGCCUCAGUUUCCUCAGUGAGCAGGUAGGAAUGCAUUAACCUUUCAAUUUCAUAAAUUAUCAGUUCUGUGGUUCUGAUCAUUGGUCCACAGGAGACAUGUUCCUGUGAUUUCCUCCUCCUUAGGAUAAAUGAAACCUUGUUCUAACAAGAGUCAGACAGCCAAAAACAAGAUGACCAAAUUUGACCCCAGUUUGAACAGCCUCACAGGUUGUGCUGAUGAUGCAGAGCCCUCUCCGUAAAGAGCCCUCUCCAGGAAGACAGUGGGAAGGAGAACCACUUCACUUUGUCAUCACUUUUGCAUUUCCUCUUUAACCUUCCAAACAGAAAUGGCUUUUCCUUUAGAGAUGAGGACAAAAGGAGGUUUAACAUUUUAAACUUAAAAUUGUGAUUGGGGAGAAAUCACUCAGUCCUGUGUCUUUUGGCCUCUAUAAUUAUUAACCCAACUCAGGGCCAUAUUUGAGAUGCAUUUGGAGUAACAUUAAAAGCUUGACAUAAGAUCUCAUUUUCAGAAAGCAUAUUAUGGACCAUCGGAGGGAAGUUAUGUAGGUUGUACUGCACAGGCAACUCUUGAGAAAGUUGUGCUGAAAAUGGAAUUUCUUCUAAACAAGUUUCCUUGUUCACCUUUGAAAGGAGAACAUUCCACUUUGUUUAGAAUUCCGAGAUUUUCUAUGUCAUCCCACUUAAAAGCUCUUUUCAAACCCCACUUGUGCAUUCUGAAAUGAACCUCCUUGUCCACGUGCCUUGGAGAACUCCCUUGAUCAAGUGUUGCCAGCCCUUGGACAGUAUGGGAAAAAGGGCAAGAGUAGCAGUUUAAAGCAAGAAGCCAGAGUGCCUCCUCAUCAGUUACAUUCAGGACAGUGGUUGCCAUCCCAGACUUACCCUGCUCUGCAACACUAAAUUCCCAAGAGCAAAUCCGCAUUGCUCCUGUAAAUAAGGAAGCUAUUGUCUGCACCAUAGAAUCACAUGAUCUGAUGACCAUCCAUGGGAAGCUGCUAAAUAGCCUAGUUUGGGGAGUCUUGCAUAGAGCUUUUCAUAGAGCAAAUAAACAGGAUUCAAUUGGGUUCAGUUCCUUCCCCUUUCUAAAAGCACAGGGCUUAGACUGCAAGCUUCCUUAGGCUUUCUCUGCGUGUAUACAGUUUUAUAAACAUUAAUUACAGCCUCUUUUAAGAUCCAGUGUCCAUGGAAACCUCACAUGCCAUGACCCAGGACUCCAUGACUGUUUUUGGAAAGCAGGGCUCCUCCACCUACUAAUAUGCCCAUGUGAACCAGUCUGAAUGUCUUUCCUUUACACUUAAGUUUUUAAAUAGUCAAAUUUCAAGAAGCAAUUUGAACAGGUUUCUGUUGCCUAUGUGUUUGUGAAAUGUAUUGUAUUGAGUAGGCUCCCAUAUUGCAUUUAACUUGUUUUUGUAACUCCUGAUUCUUUUUUUUUUUUUUGGAUACUAUUGAUAAAAUAAAGAAAUUAAAAUAACA